CACACUCUUCUGCAAGAGCGAAAAAGCUUGCCAAUAAUUUUACAUUAACGAGUUGCCGUAAAACGGCAGGUACUUGAGCAACAAAAACUCCUGGUCCUCUGAGUGGAUGAAAAUUCGACUAUUACCUUAUUUUAUAAUCGGUCGGCUAAGGUCGGCGUAACUGUCGCGUGACAAUAUUGUAAAUUGUGACAUCUGCAAAAAAGCCUGUGUGCUGCAGUGUGUGUGUCGUCGUCAGUUCAUAAUACAGAGCUGACGUGUCCGGUGUUUUGAACUAAUUUUUUUUUCGUUUUCGCAAAGAUGAACGCGUUUAAACGAGAGAAAAAGGAAGAGGAGGAUGGUGGCAAUCCAUUUCAACAUCUAGAAAAGACGAGUGUACUGCAAGAAGCUCGUACUUUUAACGAUACCCCAGUUAAUCCACGAAAAUGUGCACAUAUUUUGACCAAAAUAUUGUACCUGCUCAAUCAAGGCGAGCAACUGGGUACCACAGAAGCUACAGAGGCUUUUUUUGCUAUGACCAAACUUUUUCAAUCUCGUGAUGUAGUGUUACGGCGCUUGGUCUAUUUGGGAAUUAAAGAAUUAAGCUCUGUCGCAGAGGAUGUCAUAAUCGUUACAUCGAGUCUUACAAAAGACAUGACUGGCAAGGAAGAUAUGUACAGAGCUGCAGCUAUCAGAGCCUUAUGUACUAUUACUGAUGGAGCAAUGCUGGCUGCUAUUGAGAGGUACAUGAAACAAGCCAUUGUUGAUAGAUCAGCUGGAGUAUCUAGUGCUGCUUUGGUAUCUACUCUGCAUCUCACAAAUGUUUCUGGAGAUGUUGCAAAAAGAUGGGCAAAUGAGGCCCAAGAAGCCUUAAAUUCAGACAAUGUUAUGGUUCAAUACCAUGCUUUGGGUGUUCUUUAUCAGGCUCGCAAAACAGACAAACAUGCAGUUAUCAAACUGGUUGCCAAACUUAUGAGAUCUAGCCCAAAAAGUCCUUAUGCAGCUUGCAUGUUGAUCAGAAUGGCAUGCAAACUAAUUGAUGAGGUUGAUGUUGAUGCAACUGAAUUUUUAGAAUUUAUAGAAAGUUGCAUACGUCACAAGUCUGAAAUGGUUGUCUAUGAAGCAGCGCAUGCAUUAGUUAAUCUUGGAAAAAGUGGAACACGAGAAAUUGCAUCAGCCAUAAGUGUAUUGCAACUAUUUUGUGGAUCACCAAAGCCAACAUUGCGUUAUGCAGCUGUUCAAGCUCUUAAUAAAGUUGCCAUGUCUCAUCCAGCAGCUGUUACAGCAUGUAAUUUGGAUUUAGAAAAUUUGAUAACUGAUUCAAAUAGAUCGAUUGCUACUCUUGCUAUUACAACAUUAUUGAAGACUGGUGCUGAAAGUUCUGUUGAUCGUUUAAUGAAGCAAAUUGCCACGUUUGUAUCAGAAAUUUCUGAUGAAUUUAAAGUUGUAGUUGUUCAAGCUAUCAGGUCUUUAUGUCAAAAAUAUCCACGCAAGCAUUCAGUUUUAAUGAACUUUUUAUCGGCAAUGCUUAGAGAUGAAGGUGGUUUAGAAUACAAAGCAGCAAUUGUUGACACAAUUAUAGCAGUAAUGGAAAGCAAUCAUGAAGCUAAGGAAUCCGGUCUUGCUCAUUUGUGUGAAUUUAUUGAAGAUUGUGAACAUACUUCAUUAGCUGUACGAAUUCUCCAUCUUCUUGGUCAAGAAGGACCAACCUCAAAAAAUCCAUCGCGUUACAUUCGUUUCAUUUAUAACAGAGUUAUUCUUGAAUGCGCCAGUGUCAGGGCUGCAGCUGUAACAGCACUCGCACAUUUUGCUGCUGCUUGUCCAGUAUUACUGCCAAAUAUUUUAGUAUUAUUGUCAAGGUGUCAGCUUGAUUCUGAUGAUGAAGUUAGAGAUAGAGCAACAUACUAUUGCACAAUUUUACAAGAGAAUAAUGAAAAUUCUAGCAUUUUACCCCUUGUGCAACCCCCACAACUAUCUUUGCCAAGCUUAGAAAGAGCUUUGAGAAAUUAUAUGAAUUCACCUAUGCAAGAAGAUUUUGAUAUUUCUCAGAUUCCAACAGCACAAACAAUAGAAGAACCACCACCAGAAGUAAUGACUUCUGUAAAACCUCAAACUCUUCGAUUAAGCAGGGAGGAAUCUUUCAUGGAAAGUUUAUCAAAAGUCCCCGAACUUUCGGCAAUUAUUCGCAACGAAAUUCUAUUUAAAUCAUCGCCUGUUUUCGAGCUUACGGAAUCUGAAACAGAAUACAACGUUAAAUGUAUUAAGCACUGCUUUUCUGAUUAUUUGAUUUUGCAAUUUGAUUGUUUAAACACGUUACCCGACCAGCUUCUCGAAGAUGUCCGAGUUUCUGUAGAAACUCAAGAUAUAUAUGACGUGGUUUGUGAAAUUCCAUGCAAACGAUUACCUUACAACGAGCCUGGUUCAACUUACACAGUACUGAAAUUCCCUGAAGAUAUCCAUUCUACUGUGAUAUCUCUACCAACAACAUUGCGUUUCAUAGCCCUUGACUGCAAUCCAGCAACAGGAAUGCCCGAGUCUGAACAAGGAUACCAAGAUGAGUAUAUGUUGGAGGAUUUGGAAAUAACAUUACGCGAUCAAGUAAGAGGUGUGGGUUCAGCAAGAAGUCUAGAUUUCCAAUCAGCUUGGGAAUCGGCUGCCUCACGAAAUUUCAUCACGCACGAGCAAAUUUUUGCUCUUGGAGCCACUGUGAAUACAUUGGAAUUGGCGAUAAAUAGCCUUGUCAGUUUCCUCGGUCUUGAUCCAGUUGAUCGCUCCGAUCGUGUAAAAUCUGAUGCUAAUCAACAUACGCUGAUGUUGGCUGGAGUCUUCAGAGGAGGCAAAGAACUUUUGGCUAGAGCUAAGCUAGCUUUGACCGAGCAAGUCACGAUGCAAUUCACUGUACGAUCGGCCGAUCCCGAUGUUGCCGAAUUAAUCAUCUCGUCUGUUGGUUAAAUCUUCGUUUUGUCAACUCACUGAUAUUGUUGCGUUAGUUCAAAAACUUGGGAAAAAAGAAAAAUUUUUCACAUUUUUUGUAACAUCAGCAAUUAAAAUUAAAUUUUAAGACUUGUUUGUCCAAAAUAAUAAUUAUACCUACAUGGUGUGUGAUUUUGGAUACUCGUAUUUUCUUUUACUGUUGUAAGCAGUAAUUGAUUAGAAUCAUGAUAUCGAUCACCCACCAUGGAGCGUACUAUUAUAAAUAACUCUGAUUUGGUAUUCAAAGUUGUCACAAGCCAUUUGUGUUUCAUUGACAUUCCUUAAUUAUUGAAAUACAUUGAAGAUAUUUUUAUGUAAAAAAGUAUAAUUGAAAAAUCAGAGUACACUUGAGUAUACCAUUUAGUAAUUCUUUUUUAACAUGAAAUAGAAAAUUGAACAUACAAUAGACUCUGGAAAAUGGAUCAUGAUUGCUAACAAAGGAUGCUGCAAUGCUAUGCAAAUACUGUAUUAUUUGAGUUUGUUAAAGCUCUAAUAAUAGUUCAUUAUGUGAGCUUAAUAUUUUUAUUAUUUUAUAACUAUAAAUUAUUAUUUAUACAUCUUUUAUUAAGUGUAGAUUAAAUGGUUAUCAAAUAAAAUCAUAUAUUCAU